AGUCUCACUCACAACCUGAUGUGUGCGGUAUAACUCCGCUCAACACCAGGAUUAUUGGAGGACAGACCGCCCCUGUGGGGAGCUGGCCCUGGCAAGUCAGCCUGCAAUCAUCUGGUUUCCACUUCUGUGGAGGAUCCCUCAUUAACAAUGGAUGGGUGCUGACUGCUGCUCACUGCUUCCUAAGGAUCCCAGCCGGUCUGACUGUAUUUCUGGGUAUCCAGAGUCUACAGGGACCCAACCCCAAUGGGGUGUCUCGGACGGUAACAACCGUCAUCAAACAUCCUAACUAUAACCUCAAUACUAAUGAUAACGACAUCUGCCUCCUGCAGCUCUCGUCACCGGUGACUUUCAAUGAUUUCAUCGUUCCUGUCUGCCUGGCAGCUCCAGGCAGCACCUUCUUCAGCGGCGUUAGCUCCUGGGUGACCGGCUGGGGGAACAUCGGAUCUGGAGUCUCCCUUCCUCCCCCAGGAAACCUAAUGGAGGUGAAUUUGCCGAUCGUGGGGAACAGAGAGUGUAACUGUAACUAUGGUGUGGGCAGAAUCACAAACAACAUGAUCUGCGCCGGGUUCCGUGCUGGAGGAAAGGACUCCUGUCAGGGGGAUUCAGGUAGUCCACUGGUGAGCAAGCAGGGCAGCCGCUGGAUCCUGGAGGGAAUCGUUAGUUUUGGAAAUGGUUGUGCCCAGCCUAAUUUCCCAGGAGUCAACACCAGAGUGUCCCAAUAUCAGACCUGGAUCAACAGCCAGAUCACCAGCAACCAGCCAGGCUUUAUCUCCUUCACGUCCAGUGGAACUGACAGUGACCUCAACAUUAGCUGUGCUGGCCUGCCCCCGCCUCCAACCACCCUCCCUACAACCACAACAACCACCCUCCCUACAACCACUGUUUCUCAAGCUGUCUGUGGCCAAGCCCCAAUGAAUUCCCGUAUUUUGGGAGGAAGCUCGGUGGUGACGGCUGGUGUGUGGCCAUGGAUGGCGAGCCUACAGAGGAAUGGGAGUCAUGUGUGUGGCGGGACUCUGGUGGCCGUUGACUACGUGUUGAGCAACGCCAACUGCUUCUCAAGUUCACCAACACCGUCUGAAUGGACUGUGGUGUUGGGUCGCUUGAAACAAAAUGGAUCUAACCCCUUUGAGGUGACACUGAAUGUGACAAAUAUCACCCUGAGCAACCUGAAUGGGUCAAAUGUAGCAGUGCUACAUCUGUCAACCAAACCCAGCCUGUCCAACAACAUCCAGCCCAUAUGCCUUGACAACGGCCAGACCUUCGCUUUGGGCUCCACGUGCUGGGCUGCUGGCUGGAGCUCAGGGCAAGGAGGAGUGGAACAAGUUCUGCAGGAGUUCCAGACGUCGGUGGAAAAUUGCGGGAACGGGUCGUCGAGUGACAGCAUUUGUACCAGAACUUUUACUCUGGAGAAGGGUGAUUCUGGAGGUCCUUUGAUGUGUAAGCUGGCUGGCUCUUGGUUCCAGGCAGCAGUGUUGUCAGCUGAUAACACCACCAGACAAACACGAGAUGCAGUGAUGCAAUUCCCCAAACUGAGCACCUUUAAAAGCUUCCUGGCUCAAACAGUGGGGUUCUUAUCCCCAGCUUCAAACUUCAUAAUCACCACCAGCGCCAGCAACAGCACCAACGCAACUCUCCUCAAUAGUGGUGCCACUCCCGCUCACUUCCAGGUCUUCCUCUAUUUCCAUUUCCUUGUUUUCUCAGCGUGUCUCCAACUUUUCUUGUAAGAGCCUCCAACCCAUUUGGAAGGAUUUACUGUACUGACGAGCACAAAUGAAUGUAAACAAGCUUGAAUCUGAGAGACAAUUUAGGUCAUAGCUGGAUUAACACUAAUGUAUGAUUUGAAUGUGAAAAAUACUGACCAGGUAAUGUGAAAAGGUCCCAGUAUGAAGUAUAAGGAUUACAUGCAUUGUAAAAAAAGAUAAUAGUCCAACAGUUGUGUGUUAAUGUAACAUGUAGAGCCAGAUGUAGAGGCUUUACAUUAAUGUAAUGUAUAGAGUUUGAUUUAAAAGUUUCAUGUUAAUGUAAUGUGUAUAAUCAGAUAUGGAGGCUUUACAUUUAUGUAACAUUUAGAUACAGAUGUGGAGGCAUUAAGCUAAUGUAACGUAUAGAGUAAGGGGGAAAUUUGUUUUUUGAAUGAAAACUUUAAAAGGAAUUGACUUUGAAGGACUCAGACAGUGUCUCUUUCUGAGUUUCUGA